CAAGCAGCACAGACCGACCCAACUUUCUUCUUCUUCUUCUUCUUGUGGAGUAGGAGUAGUUUGGCAUCGUGGUACAUAUACAUCCGCCAUUCGCGCCGUGAUUGCUCCUCUGCACUGCACUUUUGAUUCCCAUUUCUUCAGUUCAGUUCAAUUCAAUUCCACCAGACCCAGACCAGACAGGCUGCGGAGGAGAGGAGCCUUGUUGCUAUUCGAUUCGAUUCGCCAAAUUUAUUCCUCUACCUUUCCAUUUCAUACAUCUCUAUAUAGAUAGAUAGCCAUUCCAAUUUCCAUAGCGAAGCAGAAGAAGAAGGAAUUGGAUGGCGUCCAUCCGGCGGCCGCACUCGCCGGCCAAGCAGCAGCAGCACCUGCUCCGCCACCACCACCCCUUCGCCUCCUCCUCCCCGCCCUCCUCGCCGCUCCGCCAUUCCUCCUCCUCUUCUUCUCCAAGGCACCAGCACCACCCACACCCCUUCCUCUUCUUCUCCCGCCGCCCUCUCCCGCGCUUCGCCGCCUUCUUCCUCCUCGGAUCCUUCCUCGGCCUCCUCCACUUCCUCUCCCACCUACCUCUCCGCCCCCACCUCCUCCCCAACCCAUCCUCCUCUACUUCCUCUUCGUCUCCAUCCCACCACCACCACCACCAGCAGCUGUACCGGCAGCCGCCGCGAUCCGGUGCUGAUGCCGACAAGCUGCUCAUCGUCGUCACGCCCACGCGCGCGCGCCCCUCGCAGGCAUACUACCUCAGCAGGAUGGGCCACACGCUGCGCCUCCUCGACGCGCCCGUCCUCUGGCUCGUCGUCCAGGCCGGCAACCCCACCCCCGAGGCCGCCGCCGCCCUCCGCCGCACCGCCGUCAUGCACCGGUACGUCGGCUGCUGCCACAACCUCAAUGCCUCCGCCCUCGACUACCGCCCCCACCAGAUGAACGCCGGGCUCGAGGUCGUCGAGAACCACCGCCUCGACGGCAUCGUUUACUUCGCCGACGAGGAGGGCGUCUACUCCCUCCACCUCUUCGACCAACUCCGCCAGAUCAGGAGGUUUGGCACAUGGCCUGUUCCAGUAAUCCCUCAAGGCACAAACGAAGUGGUGCUCCAAGGCCCUGUAUGUAAACAGAGCCAAGUUGUGGGAUGGCACACAAGCGAGGAUAGCAACAAACUGCGAAGAUUUCAUGUUGCCAUUUCGGGUUUUGCAUUCAAUAGCACCAUGCUCUGGGAUCCCAAACUGAGGUCCCAUUUGGCCUGGAAUUCAAUCCGCCAUCCAGAAUCGGUGAAAGAAAGCCUCCAGGGAAGCACGUUUGUAGAGCAGCUAGUGGAGGAUGAAAGCCAGAUGGAAGGCAUACCUGCUGACUGCUCUCAAAUAAUGAACUGGCAUGUGCCAUUUGGAUCUGAAAGCGUUGUCUAUCCUAAAGGAUGGCGGGUUGCCACAGAUCUGGAUGUGAUUAUCCCUCUAAAAUAGUAUCUCUAGCUAUGUUCACCAAAGCGCUAACUUCUUUGACAGGCAUAUACUGUAGAAAUUAGGCAUUGGCAAGUGUGCAGAGACAUUCACUAUACUUUCGAGAAGCAGCUCUCGGAAAAUGAAGCCUUCUUUAGCUGUUCCUUCGUAUCCAUAUAGCGUGGAAGAUAAUUUUGUAGGGAUAUAUUGCUUGGACGGCAUCUAUCCAAUCCAAAAGCCUUCUCUUUUCUCUUCUCUUUGCUCUGUAUAUGUUCAUGUUGUAGCAAUUUGUAUUCUUUUAUUUUUCUCGUUCAAAAGCCAAACGGCAAUACAUGUUAAAAAUUUUUCGGGAUGUUUAAUGCCAUUCUUCCCAUUUCCUCUGGCAUAAUUAACUCAUUAAUUCAUCUGUAAAGAAAUUAGAGUACUCCUCCCUC